ACAAACCCAACUCCUCUCGCUCUCUCCCCGUCUGCCCCUCUCUUGACGACCUCUUCCCAAAUGAAGCGCCCGCAACCGCAACAAGCUGCUGCGGAGCAGAUCAUGGCGCUGUACGACGCCUGCUGGUUCCGCCGCCUCGUGCUGCUCGCUUCCCCUCCUCCCGCGGCGGCACCUCGGCCAUCUGUACCGGCGCAGCAGGCGCCGGUGGAGCGCGACGAGUUGGGUACUACGCACACGCCGCAUGCGCAGCGGCCUGCUUCUUCGAGUCCCACGGCCGGCGGGCUGCGGCACCGGCGAACGCGGAGCGACGAGGCUACCGCGGCCGCGUUCCUGGGCAUGGAGCCGCUGAGGCUCCCCGACAGAGGCAACCGCGCGCGCCUCCAGACCAUACUCUCGGGCAAAGACGGGCUCGUGGCCGCGCCGCCGCCGGAACGGAGAAGGCCCGGGCCCGGGAGGCGGCGGCAGCGGCGGCGCGGGCGGAGCAUGUCGGAGCUGGAGUUCGAGGAGGUCAAGGGCCUGCAGGACCUCGGCUUCACCUUCGCCGACGCCGAGGUGGACGCCGAGCUCGCGUCCAUCGUGCCGGGCCUAAGGAGGAAGCGGUCCGAGGAGGACAACAACAGCCGGGCCACGGCGGCGUCGACGUCUUCGGCCCGGCCGGAAGCUGCCGACGACGCGUCCGUGGCCGCCGUCGUGGCGCCGAGGCGGCCGUACCUCUCGGAGGCGUGGGACAGCGAGGAAGAAGAAGAGGUCAGGAGGGCGCUGCGCAGCUGGCGGAUACCGCCGGCUGGCGACGGCAACGAGCUCAAGGAGCACCUCCGGAUGUGGGCGCACACCGUGGCCUCCGCUGUCCGGUGACAGAAUCAACUUCUCUUUUCCUCCUCCUUUUUUUUAAUUGAUCACAAAACGCCAUUGGAGGUUGUCAGUUCGGUGACAGAUCGAAGUUUUGAGCAUGUAUAAAUAUGUGACCAAUAUUCGCAUGGGCAUCUAUAUCCAAGUUAUUAUUAUGAGCAUGUACAUGUACGUUUAUAUACAUAGUGGAAACACGAGAAGUGCAAUCCUUGUGCA